AGCGUGCAUAUUGCAGCGGAGUUGGAGUCGGGCACGACUAAUGAGCUGCCCCAGCUUCGGCCGCUACGAAUCAAUCUGCAACUCAUGCUGGCCCAGAUGGCCCAUUGACUGCGAUGUGAGCCAACAAAGCAAUCCGAAUGCUGACUGAUGAGAGUGUAAAAUCAUGGAACUUGUGGCAGUGUUUGGAUUUGUGACGGCAAUCCAUCCUCAACCUCGGCCAGAAAGAAUCUUUUCACGCAGACGGUAUGCGCUUAUGCCGCCAACCGCCGCCACCACGAAUGCCGUGUCUUCUGGUUCUCUGUCAGGAUCAUUCUGGCUUCACUGCAUGAUUGCGCCUCGCCACGGGCAGGACGACGUCGCUGCAGUAUUGUUACGAGAAGAGUGAAGCAUAGCACAUGUUCUGUUCUAUCAUGAUGACGGGCAUAAGAGGGUCCGGGCGGUGAGUUGGGUCGACACAGACCGCUGUGAAAUUGCAACGCAAGUCAGGUAGUCUCACAUAACAGAUAAAAACGCAAAGUUCGCCGAGGCGCUCAGUAUGAGGUUGUACGACCACAGCCUUCCUCGGUGCGAAAAGUGGCCAGCUUCAUGGCGAAGGCAUUUCACCAAUCUCGGUCUCGCCAAUUGGCCAGUAUUAUCUCUAGUGCAUCCCAGCCUGGUGGUACUGUCCUUCUAGUACGGUACUAAUCUGAUCUAUCCCUUCGAUGUACAGACAUGUUCCAUGUGCGAACCCUCGUAAUAUGAACGGUGCACAGCAGCCUCGGCAGCACUGAAUAAUCCGCUUCAUUGACCUGGAUUGGUGGAUGUUUACAAUCAUAUUGUUGGGACCUUGGGUAAUAGCGAACCGAAUGGUGAACAAUGUCCAGGGCGGACAGGUUGUCAGGGUUAACCCACGCUUCGAUCAUCUAGUCAAGUCCCAGCGCCUAUCAAGCUCUCCACGCGUACAGCCCUGGAAGUCCAGGAGCGUCGGAUGGUUAUGGUGUCGUUGUGGUGUGUUUGGUAGGAGGAUCUUGAGGACGGGCCCUCGUCGAGUCCUGGUCUGACAAGGGUGACCACGAAGCGUGCAUCAGCUCAGACUUGCACAUCGGUUCAUUUCUCAUCAGAAUUGUGUGCAAGCCCUGAUUAUUGUUCAACGCCAUAGUCUUUCGCAAACUGAGGCCCAGAGUCUUGGGCUUGGGCUCCUGUUUGCCCACACUACCAGGGUAUUGAAAUUUCUCUAUGAGUCAGGAUUGACAACAAGCAGAAAAGGCUCCAUCAUUUACAGCAAGAGCAACAACCAAAACAUCAUCGGUGUGGAACCACAUCACCAUCCGCCAGGACACGAAGUGGCCAACGCAUCAAUGCACCUAUGUUUGAAGUACAGCCCAAAACUUGGCUGCAAUGCUGCUCUGCCCAAGGUUACUGCAAAGCCAUGAAAAUGGAUGGGAUUCUUUCACCGCCGUAGCGAUAGGUGCAGUGACAUUCAGACUCUGGUGUAACAAUUCGUGGCUGACUUGAUCGCAACUUUCAUUUUCCGCAUACCACAUAUUGCCCACCCGACGGCAGGUUCAUCAAUGAGGUUUUCCGAAUCAGCCGACUGAAAGAGUUCGAGGCCUGCAUCACCAGCUGCACCACCAAUGUUACAGCAAUGUUCUAUUCAUUUCCACAUCGCUAAUCUGAAAUCUAAAGCAUGGCAUUCGACGCCAAACUUGAAUCGGAGAUGCCGUCUCUUAUUGGAAUGCUCUUCGUGUGCGCAACUCUAUUUAUUCCAUGGAGUAGAUACAGUAUUCAAAUUUCUGACUAAGGCCCAUCAGCUGCUUCGCCUCAAUCCCUUGUUCAGCUCAUUUUGUCCAUGCGGCGGCAUCCUGGUGUCCUAUUCCGUCAGCCCAGCCCAGGUCGGAAACCACCAUAUCGGACAUGGCGGGGAUGCAAUCAGCAUAACCCCAACAUAAGUUACAUCAGAAUAUUCUCGAGACCAUGGAAGGUUUCCUCCCGCCUGGGCAUUAACGAAUUACAAUAUAUUUGAUAUACCUUAUUCGAUGGAAGUGGAAGAGAUUGAGACGGCUUUCCAAGUAGUUGGGGUUGAUGGUCGCGGGGAGGGAAAAAUGACCAUACACUACAAAUAUACUUCAUAAAAGGUUGUUUGUUUGUUUCUUUUUUUCCUCAUUGUUACGGGUCUAGCGAAACCCAAAAUUGUUGGCCACCUACGUACUGAGAACCAGACCUGGCGGAGCGGGAUAGGCAAUAGUGCUAUGCAAGGCAAAGAACUCUCCGUCUACUAACUCUCAAACCAGCGACUCAUUGAU